AUGGAACAACCAGCCUUUAUCUUCUUGAAUGCAACAGGAUCUAGUCUCUCCCCACCGGCUGCGAAGCGAAUGAGGGCACAUAUCACCAAAACCAACUUCGCCAAACGCCGCCAACAUGCUCACCUAACCGGAUCAGAACAAAAAGAACAGAGAAAGCAUCAAUCACAGCAGUUGAAAGAGAGCGAAAAGCCUAAAAGUAACCAGCUCACUACAUCAUUGCCGCCUAAAUCCACCAGCUCCGAGUUAGCUCGUGAUGCAACAGCUUUCUUCCUGGAAGGCAGGCACUCUCCGGGCAGUGCAAGUGAAGCAGCAUGGUUUAAUCUUAUUGCCUCGGACCCGGUGCUAACCGAAGCGUCACUGGCGGUAGCGGUACGGCACUGGUCACCCGAUAAUGCAUGGCAAUUGAAAGCAUGUCGGCAUUCAUAUGCAGCAGUCCAUCUUAUCAAGCAACGAAUCACGUCUACGGGUACUCGGACAGACGGUGUCCUCGGCGCAGUUACCACUUUGGCGUUCGGGGCGACUCUAGAACAGGAUGAUGUGGCCUGGAAUGUUCACAUAAUUGGUCUUGCACAUAUGAUCAAAGAUAGAAAAUAUCGUGCGAUGACCCCGCCGCCAUCUUGGAUGACAGAUCUGGUUGUCCAGGAUUCCGUCAACGCCAUCUUCAAUUUCCCACGACUAUAUCAUGAGCGCAUUCUCGAGGCUAUGAUCGAUUACAAUGAUCAGAGGAUCCUUAGACUAAAAGGAAUAUGUGAUAGUGUGAUCCAGCUACAGAAGAUGAUCGACUCCCAUCAUCAGCACCAAUUUGAUGCGACUUUGGUGGCACGAGAGAUCGAAGAGCCACUAGCCCAGCUGCAUUACAAAGUACGAGCUCUCCGAGCUAUUGACGAUGUAUACGUCCAGGCCACCGCGCGAGCAAUCGAACUAGUACUCUAUCUCCUCUGGCCCUCGAAGUCGGGAGCUUACUUAACCCUUCUUGCGGAGGAGUUGAAAGAAGCAAUAUGUCGAUUUCCGAUCAAAGGCUGCUCCUACAUGAAUUUGACUUCCUUUCCGCUGAUGAUUGGAGCCAUUGCCGCCGACGAAAACUCGCUCGCGAGGGCAUGGUUUGUCGACCGAUUGGCCCGGGAAGUGCGGGCGAUGCAGUUACGCGGUUGGAAUAGACCACUCAGCCUCUUACAAAACAAGUAUUAUAAUACUAAUACCAGUCUUAUGGGGCGAUUCAAAUCUCUCUGGCAUGAGUUACACUAUGUCGCUAACGACCUUGACGAUUGA